AUGAGGAGAUCGAUAGUGUUGGCUGUGAUUUACAGUCUGGGAUGGAUUUACCUGACCGAGGCUCAGUUUCCCCGAGUCUGCUGCACCGUGGAGGCCAUCGUGUCCAAAGAGUGCUGUCCCGCGCUGGGAUCGGAUCCAGACAACAUCUGCGGGAUUCUGUCCGGCCGGGGAAACUGCAGCGACGUCCAUGUGGACUCCAAACCCUGGGGAGGACCAUACAGGUUAAGAAACGUGGACGACCGGGAGAGAUGGCCAACUAAGUUUUUCAAUCGGACCUGUCGAUGCUUUGGUAACUUUGCUGGUUAUAACUGCGGCGAGUGUAAAUUCGGCUGGACGGGGCCGAACUGUGACCAGCGCAGAGCUGCCGUUGUGAGGAAGGACAUUCACUCUCUGAGCCCCGGUGAGCUGCAGGAGUUCCUGGACGUUCUGGAUCUGGCCAAAAACACUGUCCACCCCGAAUACGUCAUCGCCACACAGCACUGGCUGGGCCUGCUGGGACCCAACGGCACCGAGCCGCAGUUCAACAACAUCUCCAUCUACGACUUCUUCGUCUGGCAGCAUUAUUACUCAGUGCGAGACACAUUACUAGGUCCAGGACGUCCUUUUAAAGCCAUUGACUUUUCCCACAAGGGUCCGGCGUUCAUCACCUGGCACAGAUACCAUCUGCUCAGUCUGGAGAGAGAACUACAGAAACUCACAGGUAAUGAGAACUUUGCCGUCCCGUACUGGAACUUUGCGACGGGACGGACGGAGUGUGACGUCUGCACAGACUCUCUGCUCGGAGGACGGGACCCCACUGACCCGUCCCGUAUCAGCCCGCGCUCCAGGUUUGCCCGCUGGGGAGUGGUGUGUGACAGUCUGGACGAAUAUAAUCGUCUGGUGACCUUGUGUAACGGGACCAGCGAGGGAUCUUUGCGCAGAGGAAUCACGGAGAGCACUAAUGUGACUUUACCAACCAUGAAUGACGUCAGAAGCUGCCUGAACCUCAGAGACUUUGACAGUCCACCGUACUUCACCAACUCCAGCUUCAGCUUCAGGAACGCACUGGAAGGAUACGACAAGCCAGACGGAGAGCUGGACAGCUCUGUGUCCAAUCUGCACAACCUGGUUCACCUGUUCCUCAACGGGACCAGCGCUCUGUCCCACUCCGCCGCCAACGACCCAAUCUUUCUGGUGCUUCAUACAUUCACUGAUGCAGUGUUUGAGGAAUGGAUGAGACGCUCCCGUGAAAACGCUAGCUUCCCGGAUGAGAUGGCCCCUAUCGGACACAACCGGCAUUAUAACAUGGUCCCCUUUUUCCCACCUGUGACCAAUGAGGAGAUCUACGUGGCAUCUGAACAGCUGGGAUAUUCCUACGCCAUUGAACUUGAAGAAACAGACAACAGGCCGGCCAUGUUUCUGCUGGGCAGCACACUAGGAGGAAUCUUCCUCGGUCUGCUCCUGCUGCUGCUCCUGUCGGUGCUGUAUGUGCAGCAGAGGAAAAGGCGCGAGUUUGAGCCUCUCCUGAACACAGAGUUCACCACCACAAAAUACACAGAGGAAGCGUAAUUCACAUCCACACACAUCACACACACAACAAAUCCUCACGCCCUGAAAUGAAAUGCUUUUGGAACAGAUCCAGUGCAUGCAGAGCAAAACA